UCAGGGACUCCUAGAAGUGGCUGUCCAGUCAGUUCGUCCGUCCAUCCCAGGUUAUGGCGAAAGUGCUGGUGCUCACCCUGGUGGGGCUGGCAGUCGCACUCUUCAAAGGCCAACAGUCUUCUUACCAAACAAGACUUGCUGCUUCCCGUGAAGUAACACCCGUGGAACCUCCCAACUGUAAUUUCAUUAAAGGAGUUGAAGAAGGUGCUGAAGAUUUAGAGAUACUGCCCAAUGGACUGGCUUUCCUCAGCACUGGAUUAAAAUAUCCUGGGAUGAAGAGUUUUGCACCCGAAAAUCCUGGUAAAAUACUUCUGAUGGACCUAAAUGAAGAAAAUCCACCAGCAACAGAAUUACAAAUUAGAAGUAAAGUUGAUUUAUCUUCGUUUAAUCCUCAUGGGAUUAGUACAUUCACAGAUGAAGAUAAUACUGUGUACCUGUUGGUGGUGAACCAUCCAAACUUCAAGACCACGGUGGAGCUGUUUAAAUUUCAAGAAGAAGAAAAAUCACUUUUGCAUCUGAAAACCAUUAGACACAAACUUCUGCCUAAUGUGAAUGAUAUUGUUGCUGUAGGACCUGAGCACUUUUAUGCAACAAAUGACCACUUCUUUACUGACUCAUAUUUACGUUCCUGGGAGUUAUACUUGGGCUUGGCGUGGUCCUAUGUUGUUUUCUACAGUCCAGAUGAAGUUCGAGUGGUGGCAGAAGGAUUUGAUUUUGCUAAUGGAAUCAGCAUUUCACCUGAUGGCAAGUAUGUCUAUAUUGCUGAAUUGCUAGCUCAUAAGAUUCAUGUGUAUGAAAAGCACGCUAAUUGGACUUUAACUCCAUUGAAGUCCUUGGACUUUGACACCCUUGUGGAUAACCUCUCAGUGGAUCCUGUGACAGGAGACCUUUGGGUGGGUUGCCACCCCAAUGGUGUGAAGAUCUUCUCCUAUGAUCCAGAGCAUCCUCCUGGCUCAGAGGUGCUUCGAAUCCAGAACAUUUUAACAGAAGAACCCAAAGUGACUGUGGUUUAUGCAGAAAAUGGCACCGUGUUGCAGGGUAGUACAGUUGCCUCUGUGUACAAAGGGAGGCUGCUGAUUGGCACUGUAUUCCAUAAGGCUCUGUACUGUGAGCUCUGACAGCCCCUUUCCAUGCCCUAAAAGACUACAGAGAUCUCAGUAAGAUUGAGAUCUGGCCCUUUGGGAAAAAGAAUUUAACAUGAUAAAAGAAAUUGAGAAUGGAUUUUUUAAGAGUAUGUUGUCAAAUCAGUCUUGGAAGACUUGAAAACCUCACUUACCAAUAAGAAACCCUUUUCAUUAAAGUGGCUCAAUAUACCAGUUGUCAAGUCUUAAAUAAUUUAACUGCAGGUGAUUAAAAAAUGUACUUCCUGAAGACAUGCAUUAAGCAUGUUUUUCCAUGGCUGCUUUUCGUUGUUCAGAAAAGAGGAUGAGAAUGGGAAUCACCAACAAUAACAUUCCUCAGUCAAGAUCUGUGUCACAUGACCUGGGUUAUGUACAGCAAGUGAAGCUGUUGUUUUUACUUGCUAGACAUUUUCCUCUUCGAGGCCUGACUUUUUCAGUCUUCUGGUAGCAAUA